GCUUGUCUGAGACAAGAGCAUGCGAAGCAGGAAGCCAGAUGAUGCCAGGCAGGCAGUUAAUGUCACGGUUCACUCUUUCGACCCUGUGCCAAUGUCUCACAAUUAAGGCCAAACGUCUUAUGUUUGUCUUUUCCACCAAUUACUGUAAAGGUUACCGCUUCAGUUGUGAACUUGGCUUCUGUAUACAAAUCUUCCUUUUCACGUGUGUAUCUCCCUCCACAAAGGCACAAUGACUUCCUCGUCUAAUUUCCCUUUGUUUCAACCUGUAGCCAAAAUCAGACAUGAAAAGGCUUGACUGCACACCCCAAAGACACAGAAGAGCUCUUUGUACUCAGGCUUGUUCUGCUCCAUGCCAUUUUUAAUCCCGGGCAGAAGGGAAGAGAGCUGCUCUUCUUAUCUUAGAUGACAUGGAGGCUUUGCUCCCUCUCUCCCUGGCGCUCUCUCAUCUUGUUCUUCUGAAACCUAACCCUCUUUCAUGCUUUCCCCUAGUGGUGGUUGUGGUGGCAAAGUGAUACACUGAAUGAGACUGGCUGAAUUUUGUUUAGGUUAUUCUGUCUGAAGGUUCUUACAUGAUAAGUGGGGGUAAAGAAGGGCAGACAACGAGUCAAGUUAUUUCCUUCCUGGGCUAUAUUUUUCAUUAACCUAACUGUUGCCAUUAUUUUAAUUACCUUAUUGGAAGCGCAGCACUUUUAAGAGCUUAUUUAGCUUUGAAUCUUGAAAGAGUGUGUCAGGAAUGUUUAUUCAGUGGAGGAUUCUUCAAACCUUUUGAACCGCCACCCAUUACACUGGCUGUAUCCCCAGUGAAACAAUCAGAGGCUUUGCUGCAAGAUCAGAAACAUCAGGUCAUUUGAAGCCUUGACCGCAUUCAAAAAAUAUAAUAGCUUCUUGGAAUAUCUUAAAUCUUUAGUUAAACUUCAGAACUUUAAAAAAAAAAGAACAUGAGACAAUAUCUGAGACGAGGUUGGAGAGAGACUGACUGGGAAUCCACAUGAAAGGGCAUCAACAGUAACUAGAAAGAAGGAAACCAGGAGGCAACUGUACUUGAGUGGCAAGAGGAAACUAGAAGAAGGAAAUAAGACUUUUCAAAUACUACUCUGCUUCACAAUGGGAGCCCGAUUGCAUCUUCCAGCAGUUUCCAGCACCUUGCUCCCUGUGGCCCUUGGCAUUUUGACCCUUCUGCCUCAUAUCCUUCUGGGUAAGCCCGCAGCGGAGGAAAGCACAGAAAGCUCACCACUGCUCCAGAGGGUGAAGCGAAGCUGGGUGUGGAACCAGUUCUUUGUCCUAGAGGAGUACACUGGACUGGAACCACUUUAUAUUGGAAAGCUCCACUCAGACAUGGAUAAAGGGGACGGCUCCAUUAAGUACAUCCUGACGGGUGAGGGUGCGGGCACCACCUUCACCAUCGAUGACAGCACGGGGGACAUCCACGCCAUUCAGAGGCUGGACCGGGAGGUGAAGGCCCAGUAUGUCCUCCGCGCCCAAGCCCGCAACCGCCUGACGGACAGGCCUCUGGAACCCGAGUCCCAGUUCAUCGUCAAGAUCCAGGACAUCAACGACAAUGAGCCGAGGUUUCUGGACGGACCCUACCAGGCGACUGUACCUGAAAUGUCCAAAAUAGGUACAUCUGUGAUCCAGCUAACCGCUACUGAUGCCGACGACCCCACAUAUGGCAACAGUGCUCGUGUGGUCUACAGCAUCCUGGAGGGCCAGCCUUACUUCUCAGUGGACGCUAAGACUGGUGUGGUCCGCGUCUCUCUGGCAGACAUGGACCGGGAGACCAGAGAAAACUACACUGUGGUCAUCCAGGCCAAAGACAUGGGUGGCCAGCUGGGGGGGCUUGCUGGCACCACCACCGUCAACAUCACUCUCAGUGAUGUCAACGACAACCCACCCAUGUUUGACCAGCGGCUGUACCAGAUGAGCAUCCCAGAGUCAGCGACUGUGGGUUCAGUGGUGGGUCGUAUCUGGGCGAAGGACAGGGACAUCGGGGUCAACGCCGAGAUGAAGUACAGCAUUAUUGACGGAGAUGGAAGGGACACCUUUGACAUCAGCACUGACCCCACCAACCUUUUUGGUAUCAUCACAGUGAAAAAGCCACUGAACUUUGAGAGCAAGCCCAGUUACACUCUGAAGGUGGAGGGUGCCAACACCAACCUGGACCCUGCUUUCCGCCAACGCGGGCCCUUCAAGGAUGUAACCAUCGUGCACGUGAGCGUGGAGGACGUGGACGAGCCCCCGCUAUUCGACUCGCCGGUGUACUACAUCGAGCUGCCAGAAGACGCUGAGAUCGGGACGGUGGUGAAGAUGGUGUCAGCGAGGGAUCCUGAUGCUGCCAACAACACUGUGAGGUAUUCCAUCGAGAGGUCCAGUGACCGCGAGAAGUACUUCUACAUCGAAAUCACUUCCGGAUCGCUGAUGACGGUGCGUUCGCUGGACCGAGAGAAUAUAGGAUGGCACAAUAUCACUGUCCUCGCCAUGGAGAUGGCUAACCCCACACAGAUCGCCAGUGUGUCGGUGGUUGUAAAGGUCCUGGAUGUGAAUGAUAAUCCUCCAUCGCUGACGCACUACUUGGAAGCUUAUGUCUGUGAAAACGCCAAAGCGGGACAGCUGAUCCAGACGGUGACGGCGUUGGAUUCGGAUGAGCCGCUGGGCGGACAACACUUCUACUACAGCUUAGCUCCAGAAGCCGCCAACAACCCCAACUUCACCCUGAGAGACAACCAAGACAACACAGCGUGGAUCCUGACGCGGCGCGGAGGCUGGUCGCAGCAGGACCAGACCGUCUUCUACUUGCCCAUCUCCAUCUCUGACGGCGAGCAGCCGGUCCAGACCAGCACCAGCACGCUGACCAUCCGUGUGUGCAGCUGCGACCAUGAGGGCAACGUCAUGUCGUGCAACGCUGAAGCCUACAGUCUGCCCGCCAGCCUCAGCAGAGGAGCCCUCAUCGCCAUCCUGGCCUGCAUCUUUGUCCUGCUGGUGAUGAUUCUGCUCAUGCUUUCCCUGCGGACCCAUCGUAAGAAGCCCUACCUGUGCGACGAGGAGGAGAACGUGCACGAGAACAUUGUGCGCUACGACGACGAAGGAGGCGGCGAGGAGGACACCGAGGCCUUCGACAUCGCCGCCAUGUGGAACCCGCGAGAGGCGCACCACCACCUGGGAAAGAUGAGGCAGGACAUGCUGCCGGAGAUCGAAAGCCUCUCCCGCUACGUCCCUCAGGCCUGCGUCAUGGGCGGCGGCGGGGACAGUAACGUUCACGGAUACGUCCUGGCGAAGCUCCUGGAGGCCGACAUGGACCCGUGCGCCCCGCCUUACGACUCUCUGCAGACCUACGCCUACGAGGGGGAAGGCUCGGUGGCGGAGUCGCUCAGCUCGCUCCAGUCAGGGACGUCCAACACUGACCACGAGUACGACUAUCUCAACGACUGGGGGCCUCGUUUCAAAAAACUUGCGGAGAUGUACGGCGUGCUGGAGACAAACAGUCCUCCGAUGUGGUAGGACGACCAGAACCUUUGCCUUUGUAAUUUACAUAAAAAUUACACCAACAAAAAGAGAAAAAGAGACUUUAAACACAUCACAGAAAUGACACAAACAGACAAAAAAGUGCGCGAAUAGAAGACACAACGAAAACCCGGGAUGUGCUCACAUCCACAUCCGUGACUGUUAGCACUUGAAAUCCUGCCGAAGCCUCGAUUCUUCACAGCCUCGAAGGCCUGAGGUGCCCGCAGCAGCAGCAGCAGCGUGAGCCGGUUUUAAACCUGCCCGAGAGACGGGGGGCUUCAGAGACGGGCUGGAUUGGCAGCCUCGGGAGGCCCACAAAGGAACGGCUUCAAAGCACAUGUUAACUCCCCCCCCCAAAC